AUUUAUUAUUAUAUAUUUUUUGUUAAUUUUUAGGAGAAAACUCAUCUAUACAUAAUCAUAAGAUAAAAAAAUAUAAACAUUUCAAUAAUUUAAAUGAAUUUAGAAAGGCAAUAGGUAGAUCCAAAUUAGAUUUAGGUACCUGAAAGUGUUGUUAAUAGCAUACCCCUUAUUUUUGAGGAUUUAUGGGAUAGAGGAGAUAGUGUUAGAAAACAUUCAUAGGAUCGCCGUAAAAUCUUUGAAGAAUUCACAAAUUUAUUGAGCGAAAGAGCAUAGGUUGAGGCAGAAUAUUCUAAAAAUUUGAUGAGAAUUUGUAAUAAUAUGAAAAGGCUUUGUUAAUCUAAAGGAGAUGUAGGAAAUAUGAUUAAUUUAUAUAGUGUGGAGUUAUAAUAGCGUGCUUAAUAAACAAAUAGCCUUUCAGAAAAUAUUAAGCAAUAUGUUGUGGAAUAUUUAAGGGAUAUAUUAAAAGAAUAGGAUACAAACGCUAAAAUACUAUUUUAAGAAAGCAAAAGAUUGGAAAAAGAACUAUAAAAUUCUAUUGAAACAUUAGAAAAAACUAGAUUGAGGUAUUUGAAAUCAAAGAGGGACUUUGAUGACCUUUAAGUUUAGAACUAAAUUUAUAGGGUAACUUCUAGCACUGUUUAAGAUAAAAAAGAUAAACAUAGAUUAAAAGUUUCACAAACUGAAAGAGAAGUUGCUGAAUUCAAAUAUGUAUUCUAAGAAAGCCUAAAAGAUUAUAAUUAUUGUGUUGAGUACUUUUACCCAGACUAAUGGAAAGUGAUGUAAGCAUUCUAGAAGUAAGAGGAAGAGAGGAAUGAAAGAAUACAUGAUAGCAUCCUUAAAAUGCUCAUGUUCGAGACUUCAUUUUAUAAAAAUAUUGAGUUCUAAAUAUAAUUAUUUGCAGAAGUACUUCAUAAGUUAGAUUUAAGUGUAGAUAUGAAAAAGUUUAUUGAAUAAAAUAAGUCUAAUAAACCCUUAUAUUAGUAAAUAUAAUACGAAUAGUUUGUUAGUUUCAUAGAUUGCAGUAUGGAAAGGAUUAAAGAAAAUUAAUAAUUAAAACUAGAUUAAUAAUCAGAGUUAAUGAUUAAAAAAUCUGUUGAAGAAGGUUAGCUAAUUUAUGAAUGUGAAGCUUCUGAAUCAAAUGAUAAAAUAAAGUAUGUUUUAGAUUUAGUUAUAAAAGCUUGGAAUGAUUAGAUAAUUACAACAGAUCAAUACGAUGAAUUUUAUCAUAAAACUUUAGAAGAUAUAGAAUAUUCAAAGAUAUUUACAUUCAUUAUGUAAAUAUUUAGAAUUUAAAAUAAAUUUACUCUUAAUAUUCAAGGAUUUUAAGCACUAACAUGCCUAUUUAAUUGUUGUUUAAAUGCAUGCUUUAAAUUUAGAGAUAGUAAGUACUCAAGAUAGCUAUUAGUUUUAAGCUUCACAUAUUUUACCCUCAGCAAACAAGAAGUUUAAAUUCCUUAGGUUUCUUAAUUUAUGAAAAAGGAGGAUAUAGAUUAAUACAAUAAAUAAAUUGAACAAAGCUAAGAAAGAACACAAAGCGUAAAUGGUUCUAGUGCUUCCACUUAAUAUAAUGCAAUCUAAUCUUAAGUAAUAAAAUAUAGAAUUGUUGAAACAGAUGAAGCUUAAAAUAAAGAAAAUGAAAGGGAUGAUAAUAUAAAUAAAGAUUAAAUUUAAAAUUAAAAUAGUGAUUCAUUAAAAUAGCAAAAUGAGAUGAGCUAAUCUGUUGUUAAUUCUUAAGAAAGAAAUCCCUAAGAUGAGGAAGAAUCUAAAUAAAAUGGAUAAAAUGAAAAUGAAUAAAAUCAGCCAAAUUAAAAUGAAGAGCAAUAAAAAAAAGAAUAUGUUACUUCUAAAGUUUAUUUAUACUAACAAAUUAUGAAUCAUUACCUUUGGAAGAGUAGAGAUUUUUGGGAAUCAGCAAUAUUUGAUUCAGCUUUUGAAGAACUAAAGGGAUGUUAAGAGUUAAAGAAAGGAGAAAAUUUGAAAGAAACCUAGUAAAGAGAAAGAAAUAUGUGUUUUGGAUAAUUAGUUUCUCUGCUUUAAAACAUGCUUCUUUUUGAAAUUGAUAUAAGAGAAAUUAAAUUUUUAUUAUCUAAAUUUGCAAAGUUAUUCUAUCUGACAGAAGAUUAAUUAAAGACUCUUAAUCAAACAAUAGAUUCUCAUGUUUAGUAAAAUAGAUAAGUUAAUAGUAUAAAUAGUUUAUGA